GUCUGCGGGCGCCAGGGGCGGGGAAAGCGCUUGUUUAGUUGCGCUCUAGCCGCGCCCGGGAACCGGCGGGAGGGGCCGCCCCCUUCCUCCCACACUGGGGCUGGCUUGAGCCGGGAGCGGAGAAACGGAGUCGGCUCCAAGCUCCCUGCUUGAUUUUUGGGUGGCGGCAAUCGGAGGAGGAAUAUGGCGCUCGUAGGCAACGGAGCGGAGCUGGAAGCAGACGAGGACAUUUUUGAAGAUGCCUUGGAAACCAUCUCUAUGCCUCAUCACACAGAUAUGGCAACAAGCAGCCGUCACUUACCAUCAUUUGACACAAAACAGUCUUCUGGACAACACAGGUCAUCUCUUAUGAGCAGGUCGUUUAAUGCAUUUGUAAAAACAAUCAGUGGUAAAUGUAUUCUGGACCAGACUAGAAGGACAUCUGUAGCAGUGAAAAAAUCUUCAGAUUUGGACAAGUCACCGUCAGCCAAAGUGGAUCUCAAGAGUAGCCUGGAAGAAUGUGAAGUGGCAUUAAACUUAUUUCUAAGUAACAAAUUUAAAGAUGCCCUAGAAUUGCUCCAACCAUGGGCUAAGGAGAGCAUGUACCAUGCCUUGGGCUACAGCACCAUUGUGGUAUUGCAGGCCAUCAUGACCUUCGAGCAACAGGACAUCCAAAAUGGCAUUUCUGCCGUGAGGGACGCCUUGCACACCUGCCAAAAAUAUAGGAAAAAGUGCACGGUUGUAGAAUCUUUCUCCAGUUUUCUUUCCAGAGGGUCAUUGGAGCAGACGAAUGAAGAGGAAAUGCAUGCCGAAAUCUGUUAUGCCGAGUGUCUCCUGCAGAAAGCAGCCCUCACGUUUGUGCAGGAUGAAAAUAUGAUCAACUUCAUCAAAGGUGGACUCAAAAUUAGAACAAGUUACCAUAUAUAUAAAGACUGUCUUUCUAUCCUGCAUAUACUUCAGAAGAACAAAGUUGAGCAACAGUUCUUCAGUGAGUUUGAAGGGGGUGUCAAACUCGGAAUAGGGACCUUUAAUUUGAUGCUGUCCCUUUUACCAGCACGGAUUAUCAGACUACUAGAAUUUAUAGGAUUUUCUGGAAAUAGGGAACUGGGCCUCCGGCAGUUGCACGAAGGAGCAUCAGGAAGAAGCAUGAGGUCCUCACUGUGCUGCCUAACUAUACUGUCUUUUCACACUUAUAUCUCCCUAAUACUUGGUACAGGGGAGGUGAACCUCAUGGAAGCGGAGAACCUCCUUGCACCCUUCCUCCAGCAGUUUCCAAAUGGCUCACUCAUGUUGUUUUAUCAUGCCCGAAUAGAGCUGCUGAAAGGGAAUGUAGAAAAGGCACAAGAGGUAUUUCAAAAAUGCAUUUCAGUUCAAGAAGAAUGGAAACAAUUUCACCAUCUCUGUUACUGGGAGCUGAUGUGGAUUAAUAUAUUCCAACAAAACUGGAUGAAGGCGUUUUACUAUUCAGACCUGCUUUGCAAAGAGAGCAAAUGGUCCAAGGCAACAUAUGUAUUCUUGAAAGCGUCAAUUCUGAGUAUGCUUUCAGCCGAGGAGGUGGCGGCAACUAACGAGAGCGUGGUAACUUUAUUCAGACAGGUGGAUGGCUUGAAGCAGAGAAUUGCCGGGAAAUCUAUUCCUACUGAGAAGUUUGCUGUGAGGAAAUCUCGACGGUAUUCCUUGUCUACACCUGUGAAACUCAUCUUGCCUGCCCUGGAAAUGAUGUACAUCUGGAAUGGUUUUCCAAUAGUGAGCAAAAGAAGAGACCUUUCUGAAAAUCUGUUAAUAACUAUUGAGGAGGCUGAGGCAACUUUACAAAGUCAAAACCGGAGCGAGUACUCGGUAGAUGAUGAGUGCCUAGUGAAGCUGCUGAAGGGAUGCUGCCUGAAGAACUUGGAGCGGCCCCUGCAGGCGGAAUUGUGUUUCAAUUAUGUUAUCCAAAGUGAAAAGCUAUUGAAGUUCGACCACUACCUAGUGCCAUUUACAAUGUUUGAGUUGGCGUUUUUGUUCAAAAGCCAAGGGGAGAUGGACAAGGCCAUGAAGGCCCUGGAAUUUGCGAGGAGCAACUACAAAGAUUACUCUAUGGAGUCUAGACUACACUUCAGAAUUCAGGCAGCUCUUCAGCUCUGGAGAAAAACGUCCUCAGAUUGACGAGAACCUGAAGGAGGCAUUUCCCCUCCGUUAACAUCAACAUCUGCUAUAGAUUUCGACCUUGUAUUAAAAUGGAAAAGUCAUCUUGUGGAAUGAGAGACAAAAAAUUAAUUUUAUUGUUAAUAUUUUCUGUCCUCUGUGUUGUUUACUGUUGUUAUACGUGAAUGUUUGUUUUUUUCCUCCCUGUGAACUAUCUAGAAAAUUCUUAUAUUUGCCUCUUCAAAACUAAUUUCAUAUUAGAUUUAAAUUGGAGAGUGAAGAAGUCUUUUAAAGGACUCACAGGUACAAUAAAGUUUAAUUAGAUUAUUUAUUUUUAAUAUGGAAAUGAAUAUUGUUUAAGUAGCAGAUGGCUUACAAGUUGAGCCAUUUUUAGAUUUGUUGGUCAGACAAAUCAGAGUUAUUUUGUUGCCUAAUAUUUAAAUUUCAGGGGGGAAAUAUAAUCACUUACAUUCAAAAUAGCUUGAUAACCUUCUGAAACCUCCUGAAAAAGACAGGCAGUGGGUACGAACAGGGAUGGGGUAAUGUAGUUAAUAGUUGAAAACACCUGUAUCUAUCAAUCUAUCAACAAUGGUAAAAUAUUGUUAUUUUUUUUUAUUCGUCAUGUAAGUUAAAAGUGGUGACAUGUUUGAGAGACUAUCCUGUUUUUGAAUGUACUUAAGUCUAACAAAAAUUUUUAAAGUAUGUAUCUAAAGGGAAGAUAAAGUUAUAUUUUAGACAUUAUCCUUUAGCAAUGACAGCCUAAAAUGUAUACAUUGAUUAUUUUUCUUAUAGGAAGCCAAGUAAAGUUCCUGCUGCUUUAAAUGAUAUGUAAAAUAUCAAUCAUUUUUACACCCAUAAUGUUGGUAAGAUCUAAUUUUCUAAUCUCUCUAGCACUGUGAUGGUUCCUUGUAAAUAUCUGGACUGUGUUUAGUCCUCUAAUUUGGAAACAAUCAGGAAACUGAGUGGAAGACAGCCCGACCCGACCCCGUGUGGUCCCGGCUGUGCUGCCCUUAGCGGUCACCACAGUGACCUUGGUGGAGCCCCCUGCUCUCGGCGUCACCAUAUUUUCCUUGCCUGUGAAAUAGAAAAGGAACAAGUGAUUGUCAAGGUCUCUUUCGGCUUUUUAACUGUAUUGUAGGUAUUUAUUUUCAGCAAACAAUGUUAAAAUGUUUAAUCUGAAUCACUCCCACUUAGAGCAUGUUUUCACUGUCUCUAGCCCCCAGUCCCCAAAUAUGUGUAUUUUGUGACUAAGGACCGGUUUGUAUCCAGAGCGAGGAAAAAACUGGGGAAUCAAUGAAUCAGGAUUUUGUCCUAUUUCUGUCUCUGUUUUGAAGACUGACUUGUCAUGGAACCCAGUGCAGCUCAACAGAAACAGCCCCGGACUGGGAGUCAGGAGCCCGUCUCUGUUAGUCAGUAGUUCCUCAAUACGCGGCCAGUCAUUCACCUCUUCUGGGACUCGGUGUCCCCAAUGGGGACAGCACACAGCUUGGUGCUGGUGAGGGCUCACUCAGAUAAUGCGUAAUCGUACGCAUUGCUUUGUGGAAACUGAAAGGACAUGUGAUCUGAGUUGUAACAAUUGUGGUUUUUAUGCACUGAUUACAAUAUAAACAUAGAGGUAUUGGCUGAGCCUGUGGUCUUUGAUGUAAAACGAGAGAAACAUGCAGAUUCUAUCACCUUUUGAUUUAUUCUCGUAUUUGGUACUGACGGUGGCCCAGAUUAUGAAUUUAUUCCUUGCAAUUUAUUCCCUGCAACAUGAGCCUGUCCCCAGCAGGCAUUUGCCUUGUUUACUUUAAGGUAUUAACUCGUGAUCAAUAUUGAGAAUGUACUUCCAAUUGAAGAUAUUAAUACAAUUGGAGUCAGAUGAUAUGGUGGAAGAUCUCAACAUGUGGUGUUAAUAUGAAUUAUGUAACUUUACUGCAGGUCCAGACAAAAGAGGAAAUAAAAUAAACUGUCAUUACAACUAGUAGUGGAAAAUAUGCUUAAUAAUUAUUUUUUAUGUA